UCGAAAGCACUUUAUCAGCAGUAGCUCUGUAGACAGGAAGUCUAAAUACUUCCUUCAACAAUCAUCUGUUCGCGUCAAGAGUUUAGUGCAAACAAAACUACAACCAAAAGGUUCAGAAUUAUUGCAAAACGAACGGAGUUAAAAUGGAACUGCGAAUCCAUGCAAUGAGUGAGGUUCUGGAAGAGCCUCUGCAGAAAUAUUACACAGAUUUUGUGAAAAUGGAGCCAGGCGAAAAGGUUAAGAAGGUCACUUUGCAGCGGAUGCUAAAACGGCUUCUGGAGUUUAUUCACAGUCGAGACGAUUUGUUUGCGGACUAUUUCAUCCAGGUGGGAAGUAUUGCGGACGGAACCAAAGCCGAGGCUGUCGAUGAGCUUGAUGUCCUCAUUCCCUUGCAGAAGGAUAAACUCCGGGUUACUGCAGUUGACCAAAGUCUGAAUUUAUUUUCCAUCGAUGAGUAUGUCGGUGGAGAUUGGAGGUGCCUUGCUCACGAUGAAACUAUCUCGAGACUGUAUGAAUUAGUCCGCGACUACAAAGAGAAAUAUUACAAGAACGACCCUUCCUUUGCAGUUAAGAAAAAGACGAUCACAGCUACAGCUUUGCCUCUGAAAAUCGACUGGAUAAAAAUUGAUUUGGUGCUUUGCAUUGAAAAUGCCCUUCGGUUCUCUAAUGUGGAAUGGCCUUUUCCAAAAUGGCUGAACGGUCAGUCCAAGUGGCUGACCUAUCAACAACAAGAAUCUGUCAGAAAAAUGGGGAUAGACAUGACAUGUCAUGGAAUACAUUGGAGGCCAUCCUUCUCAAGGAUCGAUGCCUACUUACUUGGUAAAAUUGAUAGCAAAGGUGGUUAUCGAAAAAAAGCCUUCAAAAUCUUUAAAUCUCUCAAUGGCUAUUAUUGGACAAAGGAUCAAUUAUGCAAAGACUACCAGGGAAAGAGCCAACCUUUUCUUGGGUCCUUCAUGACGAAGAUUCUCUACUUACAUGCGAGAGAAAAGUAUCCAGAAUCUCAGCACUGGAACUCUCUGGGAAAGUCAUUUUGCAACUUCUUGGAUGUUUUAAACCAAUGCUGUAAUGAGAAAUGCCUGGAUCAUUAUUAUCAAACCAACAGCAACCUCUUUGAAUAUGUUGCUGGGGAAACCUUCCUGUGGUUACAAGAAAACAUCCGCAAUAUUCUACAAAAUCCAGAAGAAGAGCUUUCCUAAACUGUUUUGUAAAAAAAAAGGUUUCAAUUAAAUACCUGCUCUAAAGGAA